AUGGCCUCUACUGGAACCCACAUCCACGAUCUCCCCGACGAUGUGCUUAUUAGGAUCUUGUGGCCUUCCGAACAGUCGAUCUCGUGCAGAUCCAAUAGCAAUGACCUGCGGAACGCCGUGGGACACAGGCCCACAUAUCUCGUCGCGCAGUCUACUUCAGAAGAGCCCUGGCGCAAGCGAAGGGAUACUCCCGUGCCGACCGCCUCCGCAGAUGCCUGCCUCUUCAUUGCGUCCAUCUGUCGGCGCUGGCGGGAUCUCGCUAAGAGGCAUGUCGCAUCGCUGCUGGUCGAGAAGGGCCGCGUCGUGUCUCACCGCGAUGUGCUCAACGCCGUCGCUUUCUUUCCCCGGCUCACCCAUCUGCACCUGGCGGAUCGUAGCGUUGAAACGCUGGACGACGCGUUUCUAGCUGACCUCGCCUCUUCGUGCCCUGGGUUGAGAGCGCUGCACGUGGGGAUGCUAGCGGCGAACGGGGGACCGCGUGGAAUCAACGAGCGCGUGAUCACCGAAUCUGGCUUGGAUCAUUUCUUCCGCCACUGCCCUCAACUGGAGCAUCUGUCGCUGUACUCAAAUCGUGUGUCCACUCUGCCUGACAACUUUGGGGAUCUUCCAGCCUUGAAGGCACUGGUGCUGCACGGGCUGCCACUUCACCGUCUCCCUGCUUCCUUCACCAGACUCGCAUCUCUGGAGUCGUUGCUUCUGGUUGGGUGUAGGGAGCUGCAGGAGCUACCUGCAGGGUUUGGCUGCCUCACAGCACUCCAGACUUUGAACCUCACAUUUUCGCCCACCCUGCACCUUCCAGAAGACUUGGGUGCCCUGACCAAUCUGCGAACCUUUCAUCUUCAGGAGAACAGGCAAGAGCAGCUGCCGUCCUCAUUCACGCAGCUGGCUUCUCUGACCCGGGUGGAGCUGAACCAGUGCGAGAUUGCCGAGCUGCCAAAGGGCGUGGUGGAGAUGACAAAUCUGCGGGAGCUCCACAUUUGGAACUGCCCUUCUGUCAGGGAGAUUCCGAAAUUCGUGACGGCGCUCGUCAGCCUUGAAGCCAUCAGUGCCCAUCUCCCUAAUUUGAAGCACCUGGAACUGGAGCUGGACGAAGAAGCAGAGGAGUCUCUGUCCCUGCUGGCAAGGCUUCCCCACCUCCGCACCUUGAUGCUCACGGGGGUCGGCAGUGUGAGCAAUCUGGUGGAACCUGGUGGCUCGGCAUUGCAGGAGCUGCAGGAGCUGACCAUCAUCACCCGGUCUGAUCGAUUCACAGAGCUGCCUGCGGCCAUCACCACUCUCCACCAUCUGACAUCCAUUGAAAUCCGCGCGCCGAAGUUAUCAUCUCUCCCGGACGGCCUUGGGGCAUUGUCAAGGCUGCGCAAGCUGGACUUGACAUUCUGCUCAUCGAUCGCGCAUCUCCCUGAUUCCCUCACGCAGCUCUCCUGCCUGCAAGAGCUGAAUCUCUUCGACGCCAGCAUCCGCCUGCUUCCUGCUGUCUUUGCUAACCUGAGCAGACUCAAGAAGCUUGAUCUGGGUCAAUGCGAGCAGCUGGAGGCUCUGCCUGACGACUUAUCUGAUCUUAGAAUGCUUGAUGACUUAAACACUACGAGGUGUCUUAUGCUCCAGCGCUGA